UAAAACAACACGUGAUGCUCUAUGGCGUGUGACUUGUCAGCUGAUAUGCGACAGACGACUCGUAUAAGAUCAACGACAAAUUUUGCUCCUUUUGAGAGCUUUGCUGUUAAAAUAUAAUUCGUUUGUGAGAAAAUAAGAAUGGCACUCCAUUCUGCAGGAAAAGGAAAGCUUCUGGCGGUGAUCGGCGACGAGGAUACUUGCGUAGGCUUUUUGCUCGGCGGAGUUGGAGAAAUCAAUAAACAUCGUCAGCCUAAUUUUAUGGUUGUUGACAAAAAUACAGCGGUAAGCGAGAUCGAGGACACGUUCAAGCGAUUUAUCAAACGCGACGACAUCGAUAUUAUUCUUAUUAAUCAGAAUGUGGCUGAGAUGAUUCGUCAUGUGAUCGACAGCCACACUCAGCCGAUACCGUCCGUGCUGGAAAUUCCAAGCAAGGAUCAUCCGUACGACGCCAGUAAAGAUUCCAUCCUAAGGCGUGCCAGGGGAAUGUUUAAUCCGGAAGAUAUCCAUUCGUAAAUAUGAUGUUAACAAGAUCACGUUACAUGAAAAUAAUAUAUAUUACUUGAUUGAUUAUCACAUUCCACGUUCUGUCUCUUACAUUGCUUGAUAAAACGUGAUGUAAAAUUGCCAUUCGUACACUUUCAUCGAGCGAGGAAAAAUGGCGUACAAGAGCUGGACCCUUCCGUGUUACAUCGAGUAUAUCUCUAUCUGUGUAUAUAUAUAUACAAUUACAAUAUUAAUAGAAAUAGAUAAACAGCUAGUAAUUCGUGAUUGUGAAAUUAAACACAUAAUAACUUUUAAUCCAAAGUUACAAUACAUUAUUGUUGAUCACUCUACUAUCUAAAGCUUUGUAUAAAGCUUUGUUGCACCACUCGCACCAAUCGAGAAAGCUAAAUACUGGAAAUCAUGUUAAUAUAAUAUUGAAUCGCAAUAAGAUCGAAAGGAUUAUAAUUAAUUUUAUAAAAUUCCAAAAUUGAAAUUUUAUUAUAUAUACCAGUGCUUUUUUUAUUUUGCAGAAUUUUUCUCUGUGCUAUUUUAAAUUGUUUUCCAGAAUUUAGAAAUUUUUAAAAUUAUAUUAUUAGUUAAGAAGAUUACAGACGUAAUUGAGAUAAUGACAAUAAAUUAUGUGCAAUCACGUUAUUGAGUUGAACGUCAUAUAUAGAAAUAUAAUUAUCUAAUUAUCA